UACAGGUGUGAGAAACUCUCUGGAAAAUUCGGUCCAUUGUCUGCGCAGUUUCAGUCGACGUGGCAGGGGAAACAUCGCCUUAGCGUCGGAGAUCCAGAAACGCGAGUUUUCGGGUUGAUAUUUGAGCGCACAUCUUCGAAGAAGACUAGAAUGCCGCCGAAGUCCAUCAACAACAACAACAACCUCAAGGUCCGCGCGGACAGCGCCUCUUCACCUGAACCUGACACAAGGCCUCAUGGGAAGGCACGCCGACGUCAUCACCGGAAUCGGAAAGAGACCUACAACAGCUACAUCUACAAGGUGCUGAAGCAAGUUCACCCUGAUGUCGGGAUCUCCAGCAAAGCCAUGAACAUCAUGAACUCCUUCGUGAACGACGUGUUUGAGCGGAUGGCUGGCGAGGCCUCGCGACUGGCGCACUACAACAAGAAACAGACAGUCUCCAGUCGAGAGAUCCAGACCGUUGUGAGGCUGCUCCUGCCUGGAGAGCUGGCCAAGCACGCGGUCAGUGAGGGGACCAAGGCCGUCACCAAGUACACCAGCACCAAGUGAAUGAACCUGACCCAGUCAGCAAGUCAAAGCGGCUUAGAAGAGUCAUUUAGCGGUUUAACUCAUAUUGCAGAUAAACGAUCACUAGGUGUAGCACGCACUAUGAUUGGAUGCCUGUGUUCUUAUUCCUGAACGUUACGUUCUUAUAGUUAUAUUUGCAAAAUCUUUAUUUUUCAAGAUUUGUAAUAACGUUAUGUACCUUGUGAUAUAUUUUCUCCCCUUUGCGCUAUUAAAUGGCUUGCUGUUCAGCUAA